AUGACCGACGUUGACCCAUCCACUACCGUCCAGGUCGAUAGGUCGGUGGUCGGCCACUCUGAGAUCGACGAGAGCCUCUACAGCCGGCAGCUCUACGUCCUGGGCCAUGAAGCGAUGAAACGCAUGGGUGCCUCGAACAUCCUGAUUGUCGGUCUCAAGGGCUUGGGUGUGGAAAUCGCAAAGAACAUUGCUCUGGCCGGCGUCAAGAGCUUGUCCCUUUGCGACCCCUCGCCGGUGACCCUGCCUGAUCUGUCAUCGCAGUUCUUCCUCACGCCAGAAGAUGUUGGCAAGCCCAGAGAUGCCGUCACCGUUCCCCGAGUAGCCGAGCUGAACGCAUAUACCCCGAUUCGCGUCCACCCCUCAUCGAGUCUCGAGGAUAACUCCCAGUUCGACCAAUACCAGGUUGUUGUGCUUACAGGUGUUCCUAUUCAUCUGCAACAAAGCAUCGGAGACUAUUGCCACAGCAAAGGCAUUCACGUGGUCAUUGCGGAUACAUUUGGUCUUUUCGGCUCUCUCUUCUGCGAUUUUGGCAAGGAAUUUACCUGCAUGGAUCCUACUGGCGAGAACCCCCUGACCGGAAUUAUCGCUGGCAUCAACGAAGAAGGCCUAGUGUCCUCGCUGGACGAUAAGCGCCAUGGUCUUGAAGAUGGCGACUAUGUGACCUUUUCAGAAGUCGAGGGCAUGGAGGCUCUGAACGGCUGUGACCCCAUGAAAAUCACGGUCAAGGGGCCUUACACCUUCUCCAUUGGUGACGUGAGCAGCCUGGGGCAAUAUCAGCGCGGUGGGCGGUAUCACCAGGUCAAGAUGCCCAAAAUCAUGAACUUCAAGUCGAUCACGCAGGCAUUGAAGGAGCCCGAGUUCAUCAUGUCCGACUUUGCCAAGUUCGACCGCCCGCAGAUCCUUCACCUUGGCUUCCAGGCGCUCCAUGCUUUCCAACACUCCACAGGGCGCCUACCAAGGCCCAUGAACGACGAAGAUGUGCUGGUGCUGUCGGAAGCUGCAAAGAAGUUCGCUGCCGACCAGGGACUGGAGACGGAACUGGACGAAAAGAUUCUCAAGGAGCUCAGCUACCAGGCCAUGGGUGAUCUCAGCCCUAUGGCUGCCUUCUUCGGAGGUAUUGCUGCGCAAGAGGUUCUCAAGGCCGUUUCUGGCAAGUUCCACCCCGUCCAGCAGUGGCUGUAUUUUGAUUCGCUCGAGUCGCUCCCGACUUCGGUCAAGCGCACGCCUGAGCUCUGUCAACCAGUGGGGAGCCGGUAUGAUGGGCAGAUUGCAGUUUUCGGGUCCGAGUUCCAAGAGAAGAUUGCCAACGUGAAGCAAUUUCUGGUGGGCGCCGGUGCCAUUGGUUGUGAGAUGCUCAAGAAUUGGGCUCUUAUGGGACUGGGUACGGGGCCCAAUGGACACCUCUGGGUGACCGACAUGGACUCCAUCGAGAAGAGCAACUUGAACCGUCAAUUCCUCUUCCGCUCUGCUGACGUCGGCAAGAUGAAGAGUGACCGUGCCGCCGCCGCCGUCGAGCGCAUGAACCCAGAGCUGUAUGGGCACGUUGUGACGCACCAGGACAAGGUCGGACCUGACACCGAGCACAUUUUUCAGGAGACUUUCUGGCAGAAGCUGGAUGGCGUGACGAACGCCCUCGACAACGUUGAGGCCAGGCGCUAUGUGGAUAGCCGCUGUGUUCUGUUCCGCAAGCCUCUUUUGGAGAGUGGUACCUUGGGAGCUAAGGGCAACACGCAGGUGGUGAUUCCCCACGUCACCGAGCCUUAUGCCAGCGCUACCACUCGGGACCCAAUGGAGGAGUCGAUUCCCAUGUGCACGAUUCGCAGUUUCCCGAACAGCAUUGACCACACCAUUGCAUGGGCUAAGGAGUACAUGUUCGAGAAGGCUUUUGUCACAGCCCCUCAGACUGUCAACCUGUACUUGACUCAACCCAAGUAUAUCCAGACGCUCUUGAAGCAGGGUGACAACCAGAGGGAGACUCUAGAGACGAUCCGCAGCUACCUCACCACCGACCGACCGCGCAGCUUUACUGACUGCAUCUCGUGGGCUCGUCGCCAGUUCGAGACCGAAUUCUCUAACAAAAUUCAACAGCUGCUGCACAACUUCCCCAAGGAUGCUACCACCUCGACGGGUGCUCAGUUCUGGUCUGGACCGAAGCGUGCACCUACUCCGCUGAAGUUUGACCCCAGCAACGAGACUCACCUGGGCUUCAUCAAGGCAGCUGCCAAUCUGCACGCUUUCAACUACAACAUCAAGGCUCCUGAGCUCUCUGACGAUGACUACGUUCGGGAGUUGUCUGAUAUCAUCGUCCCUGAUUAUACUCCUGCAUCUAACAUAAAGAUUCAGGUGGACGAUAACGAGCCUGUAACCGCAGAAGAGAGCGACGAGGCCGAGAUUGAGAAGAUCGUCUCGAAGAUCCCUGCUCGGACUUCGCUUGCUGGCUUCGAAGUGUACCCGGUGGACUUUGAGAAGGACGAUGACUCGAACCACCACAUCGACUUCAUCACCUGCUGCAGCAACCUGCGCGCCGAGAACUACAGGAUCAAGCCUGCGGACCGCCAUCAGACCAAGCUGAUCGCUGGCAAGAUUAUCCCCGCCAUUGCCACCACCACAGCUCUGGUCACCGGGCUGGUCACGCUUGAGCUGUACAAGGUGAUUGAUGGCAAGGACGACAUUGAGCAGUACAAGAAUGGGUUCAUCAACUUAGCCUUGCCGUUCAUCGGCUUCAGUGAGCCUAUUGCCAGCGGCAAAUUCACGUACACUGGCCUUCAGCCCACGUUGGGUGCCGAUGGCAAGCCUGUCCGCGACCCUGCCACUGGAGGUUUCCAGGGCGAGAAGGUCAAGUGCACACUGGACAAGGUCUGGGAGUCAUUUGAGGUGGAAGAUAUGGUGGUCAACGACUUGCUGGACUGGUUCCGCCUCAAGGGCAUUUAUCCCUCGUCCAUGUUCUGCGGUCGCGCCUUGCUGUGGUCCAACUACAGCCGAGACCCCAAGGAGAAGGAAGAGCGCCAGAAGCUCACUGUGAGCGACCUGUACAAGAGGGUCACAAAGGGGGACAUUCCGGCCCAUGAGUCGGAGCUGGUGAUUGGUCUCAUUGCCGAUGAUGCGGACGAUGAAGAUAUCGAGUGGAUGCCCGAUCUGAAGGUCAAUAAUGCCCUCGUCAUGGUUUCACUCAGCUUCGAGCGCUUGCAGCUGAAGCUUCCUACGCUUCUCAUCAACGAGACCUGCCAUGACUGGGUUCCCAAGGGCGACAAGUCUGGCGAAUUCAAACGCCAGGUCAGCGCGUUCCGCGACUCCAUCUCACGUGAAGCCGGUGCCAGAUACCCUCCUGAGAAGGGCAGGUAUCACCUCUAUGUGUCCUACGCCUGCCCGUGGGCCCAUCGUACUCUCAUUGCGCGCAAGCUCAAGGGACUCGAAGACAUAAUCUCGUUCUCCGUCGUGCACUGGCAUCUAGGCGAGGGCGGCUGGAGGUUUGCCAGCAAGGAUGACCCGAAGAGCGAGACGCCCGGUGAUAACGUCGUGCCGGAUCCCAUCGAAGGGCACGAGGGCUACACUCACCUGAGGCACGUCUACUUUGAGAGCGAGCCUGAGUACGACGCCCGUUUCACAGUGCCCGUGCUGUACGAUACCAAGACCAAGAGGAUUGUGAGCAACGAGAGCAGUGAGAUCUUGAGGAUGCUGGGCACCGAAUUCAACGACUUGAUUGACGAGAAACAUCGCAAGAUCGAUCUCUACCCCUCGAAUCUUCGCAAGGAUAUUGACGAGGCGCACAGUUGGAUCUACGAUCUCAUCAACAACGGCGUAUACAAGUCCGGCUUUGCCACCACGGCUGAGGCCUACGAGCGCAACGUCAAGGCACUCUUUGAGGCGCUCGACCGCGCCGAGGCCCAGCUCGCCUCGUCAGACGGGCCCUACUGGUUCGGCGAGACGCUCACCGAGGUUGACAUCCGCCUCUACGUGACCAUUAUCCGCUUCGAUCCCGUGUAUGUGCAGCACUUCAAGUGCAACCUGCGGGACGUUCGCUCCGGCUACCCGGCGAUACACCAGUGGAUGCGCAACCUGUACUGGAAGGUCGAAGGCUUUGGCGAGACGACGCAGUUUGAGCACAUCAAAUGGCACUACACGCGAAGCCACAAGCAGAUCAACCCUUUGAGCAUCACGCCCCUGGGACCCGUGCCCAACAUCAUGAAGCUCGACGAGGAGGUCGCCGCCGCGAGGAACAUUCGCAUCCUUAAGCGCGCCGGUUCUACUUCAGAAUUCCCCGCUGGUACCGAUGUCGUUGGGGCCGACUAUUCUUCCCUUGCGUCUCUCACGGCCGCCAUCCAGGGCCAGGAUCUCGUCGUUUGUACUGUCACAACUCUCGCUGUCACCGCUCACAUGAAGUUUAUCGAAGCGGCGGUCGCUGCUGGUGUUCACCGCUUCAUCCCCUCCGAGUUCGGCUCCAACCUCCAUGUCCCUAGUGUUCACCAACUUCCUGUGUUUGUCAACAAGGUCAAGGUUCAGAAUUUCCCUAUUGAGAAGUCCAAGUCGACUCCUCUGACCUACACGUGUGUUUACAACAUCGCCUUCCUUGACUAG